ACGCGUGUAACCGUCGCAAGUUGGCGCCCAAACCGUCGUGUUCUCCAUUGUUGUGCUAGCGCGCCUUCCGUAGGUGACCAGCUAUUCGCGUUCCCUGAUCGUCUCGCUCAUCCAGAUUCCGUGAUCGUUAUACCAUGUCGUUCAUAAAGUUUUGAACCUCGUGCAGUGGUUCAUUUUUUUGUUUGUUUGUUUGUUUGUUAUUGUCCGUAGUCGGUGGAUUUUUCCCGAACGCCCGACCGUGGUGAGACUCCAAGUUCCGUCACACUUCGCGCCGGUCGCAUAAAAUAAUAACAUGGAUAACCGAAAAUCAAUACCAACCUACUAUGGUUUUAUAUUGGUUAAAAAAGUUGGUGGAUCAAUUUGUGGACGUUUUCCAGUUACAAAAAAGGAGUGUACUUUUGGUCGUGAUAAUAAUUGUGAUAUAAGGAUUCUUUUAGAAAAAGUGUCAGCUCAACAAUGUAUCAUACUAUGUGUUGACAAUAAAGCAUAUGUCCGUGACAAAAGUGUUGCUGGUUCAACCAAAGUCAAUGGGAAGAAGGUUGGCAGGAGUAAUUUUCCGUUGAAGGAUUCGGAUGAAAUUGAAAUUUGUGGAAGAAAAUUUGUUUGGGAAUAUCCUAAAAAGCCACAUGAGGAAUUAAAUAAUUUAUCCUGUAAAAAGUCUGGAAUAAGAAGUGGUCACUUAUCACCAAGAUCAACAGAUAGUUUUUCAAACCAAGUCAAUACCCCCCAGGACAACAACAAAAUAUUUUCAACUUCCACUUCCAGCAGCAUGAAAACUCCCUCAAAAACAAUAUUAACCUUAAAUAAAACACCAAUAAUUGUCACCACAGAAAAUAUGUCUAAAUCUUCAUUUGAUGAAGUGCAGAAUAACUUCAUGAAUCAAAAAUCAACAACAACUGCUCAAUCAGGAUCUAAAUUUAUGAAAUCAUAUUCAAUGACUCCUGUCCGAAACAUUCCGCUUCUAGGCAAUUAUAAAACCACUCAAAGAAAAUCCUGGAUUGUUACUAACACAUCAGACAAUUCAUCUUCAAUUGGAGCUCAUAACAGAUUAUCUACUGAACGGUUAAAAAGAGAUUCUACUCCUGACUUACAUUCUAGUUAUCAUUAUAAAGAUGAAGACAUAGAAUUUGAUUCCCCCGAACCACCUUGUCUUGCAUUGAAUAAUGAAGAUUCUGUUGAUAUAAAUACUACUGAUUUAGCUGAUAACAAUUUUCCUGUUGUUAACCAAACAGAGUUAAACGAUAAAGAUGAUGAUACUUCACAAUCUAAUAAAAAUGAAAUAAAUCAAUUAUCAGUUUCUGAACCAGGCACUUCUAGAAGAGAUACAUACUCUGUUGAUAAUAGACCUAUAAUAAUUGAAGAAAAUACUACACCUACUCCAAGACGUUCUAUUUUGAAGUGUUCUAAAACAACUAAACCGAAUCGAUCAAAAUCAAGUUGUCGUAUGGUUCAGUUUGCUCGUUUACCAAAAACAGAUAGUAAGAUUAAAAGUACAAAGACCCGAUUAAAUCCAGGAUUUAAUUUUAUUGUUACUGAUGAUGAAAAUAAUGCGAUUGAUUUGAAUCAAAGUACUACAAAUUCUGCGCAAUUUGAUGUUGAAGAAUAUGAUGAUGAUUUAGAUGGUGUACAACCGUUAGACAUAAGUGUUUCAUCUUUAAUUAAUUCACCAAUUUUAGAUAAUAGUAUAAGUAAGUCAUCGAAACGAGGAUCAAGAGGUAACAAAGUAAUGAGUCUUGUAAAUUCCAUUGAAAAGCGUUCCAAUGAAUCUCCCAAGCAUAGUAUCCGAGCAUCUGAUUUGCUGAGUAUAAAUGGAUCAAAACAUACAGAAACUUCACCUAAUGAUGAUUCUCAAAAUAAUGCAAAUAUAUUACAAGAAUCAGUUUCUUCAGCUAGACGAAUAAAUUUGGAAGAUAUUUUUGAAGCCGAAGAUUCUCUUAAAACUACUUGUAGUAUUGAAAAUGAAACUUUAGCUCAAGAAAUUAAAGGAAGCCCAGUAAAAAGUGUUGAAAUUGUUACAAGUCCCAAAACAAAUUCAUUUAAUAUUACAGACACAGAUAAAAUACCAGAUAAUGUUUUUUCCGAAGGUGUUUCAGAAAGCGAAUUUAGUUUUGCUUCACCAUUCAUUCUUCCUAAAACCCACUCGAGUUCUAUUACAGUAAUUGAUAGGGAUUCAGCCUUCAUUGAUAGUGAAGAAGAUUUGAGUUCUACUGAAAUAAUUGAUAGUCAGUGUGACACAAAUUCGAAACUUGACAUUUCUUCACCCAUUACAGAAGACUGUACAACAUCUACAAAUGAAUUUCUAACAAAGUCUGAUAAUGUUGAAGAUCUCGCAAUAGAUCAUGAUGUAAAUAUUACAUCAACACAUCAAGAUAAUAUUGAUGAAACCCUAAAAGAUAAUUCUAAUUGUCAUGAUAAAACUGUAGAUGAAGAAAUAUGUUCUGAUGAUGUUGAAUCACCAAAUAAUAUUACUGAAUUAUCUGAGAAAAAUAAACCAAUAGAAGAAGAACUUAAUCAAAAACAAAAUGAUUCUGAAUAUGUCAAUGAUGAUGUAUGUACCCAUGAAGUCCAACCAUCAAAAAAUGAUGUCGUAGAACCUGUCAAUAAAUCUACAGAUCUUAAUUCAGAUCAAAUUGACAAACAAAAUUCUAUUUCAAAAGUCUUUGAACAAACCCUUAAUGGUGAAACUCCUUCAAUAGUAGUUCAGAGUAUAGCUGAAAUGUUCAAUGCAAGUAUUGAUGAACACGAAACCACUCAUUCGCAACAUCAAGAAAGUCUGGAUGAAAGUUAUGUAUUAAUGGUCGGAGAUGAUCCACAAAAUUCAUUAGGAGUUAAUGAAUUUAAAAAAGUUAAUCUGGAUGAUUGUAAUAAGACAUUGAGUGAAGACGGUGCUUUACCAGCUGAACCCGUGAACAAAAGCCUCAUGGAAGCUAUUGAGGUGCAACUUGACAAAAUGCACAGUGAAAAUGAUGCAAGCUCUAAUUGUAAUGAAAAUGAAAUUAUUCUUGUAGAUUCAACAUUAGAUUUAAAUAAACAGAAAACAUUAACAUCAAAUUUGGAACUUGAAGUAACAGAUACUGAAAAUAUUGCUUUAAAAAUAAGUGAUAAUCUAUCAAACAAUUCAUUAAAUACAUCAACAGUAGUUGAAUCCACAGAAAUUAUAUCUAAACCAAAAUCCCCAGCAAAAGAUAAUGUUUGUAACAAAUCUUUAACAGAUGUUGACUAUUUGAAUUCUUCUGAAUUGCCAGCCAGAACAACAGUUGAUGAAACAAAUUCUGUGCAGAAUAUAAAUGUGAAUAGCGAGGCCUCAAACAUACCCACACCCCCAGUUAACCUUUCUGUAAAGAAUAUUUCUCCAAAAUCAACUAAAAAAAAAUUGAUAGAUUGGGAUCAAUUAAGAACUGCUCUUGGUGCAAAUAAUUCUAAAGAAUUAAAAAAAUCUGUGAGAUCACCAUUAAAUAAAUCCGUUGAACACAAGCAUCGUAAAAUUGAUUCAACUAAAAGGAUUGCAGAAUUAUGUUUAUCCUCGUCUAGUGAUGAUGAUAACAAUGAAAAAGAUACAACAAAAAAGAAUUUACAUCGUUCAUUGAAUACAUCUAUUGGUAAACCUCGCUAUGAAUCUACACCUUGGAAUAACUCUAAAAGUUCAAAAACAGCUCUUAAUUCUACUGCGAGUUUACAGCCAAAUGAAACCACAAGAAAUAAUCCUGCUGAGAAUAAUGAUAGAUCAAGAGAUAAAAGUCGUUCUCGUUCAGUUACACCAUUUGCUAGUCAAAAAGAAUGGUCUCAAAUGAUGAAAGAAUUUAAUGAAUCUGUUAAAAAAGCUUCUGUUAAUAUUAAUGUAAAUAUUGACCGCACAAGUAUCCGUAAAAAAAAAUUGUUUGUUAAGAAACCAAAAUCGUCUCAAGUAUUAACUCCAAUACCAACAAAAGACUCAAUUAAGAAGAAUACAUCAGAAAUUAAAAAUAAUAAUUCUACACAGCGGUUAAGGAAGUCAUCAAGAAUGUCUAACAAUACUUCAUAUGAGUCUAGUCGGCUUAAAAAAUCUAUGAGAAAUAGAUCUGAUCAUAUUAGUGCUGUUAGAAGGUCUAGUCGAUCUAAUAAAUUGCCGACCAUUCUCAUUGAUGAUGAUAGUAGUUCAGCUGAAACUACCGAUAGUGAUGGAAUAUUACCAAGAAAAAAUAAUUCCAUGAAUAACAAAACUGCUGAUAAAACAAACAAUAAAUCUGUUCAAGCAAACACUAACAGUUCAAUGAAUAAUAAAACAAUAGUUCCUGUCUUAAAAACUGAUUCAGAAGAAGACACAUAUCCAUGUAGCCAAACUAAAAAACUAACAAAAGAUAAGAAAAAUAGUCCUAAGUCACCAUUACCAUCAAUGAGUGUGAAUAAAAGUGUGUCAAAAAAUAAAAAAGAACAUGAUAAAGGACUAUUUACUAAAGAAGAUUUACUAUCAAGUAUUGAUGAUGACGGGUCUUCUUCAAAUUCUAUAAAUGAAAUACAAACAUUUGAAAGAGAAUUGCGUAGAAGAAAACUUAUUACUCCUUCAUCUAUUAAAAACAUGAAAAAUGCAUUAAAUACUGAUAAAGUAAAAAAAACAGAAAAAUCAAAAAGAAAUACCUCAUCUUCUAAGAAAUAUAGUACUAACACUAAUGCUCUAUCUGAAUCCGGUAUAUUGAAGUUCGAUAAAAAAAAUAAGAACCUAAUUAAAUCAAAAUCUACUAAAAUUUCAAAAACUGUUAAAACAAAGAAAUCCACAAACUUAAGAACAAAUUUGAAUUCUCGGUCAAAACGUAUCUUACCUUCUAAACCAAUUAAAACAAGUACAGAAGAUACUUCAGAGUAUGAAUCAUUAAGUGAAACUGAAGAGACUACUCUUAAACUACAACCAAUUAAUCAUCCAUCAAAAUCGAAAUCAAUCAAAGAAAAAAUUUUAAAGAAAAAUGUUGAUGUUGAUAAUAAUUUAAACUCAUUACCAACCAGACGAAGUCAAAGAGAAAAAUUAAAAAUAUCUGAUGUUUCAAUGCAAUCAAGAACAUCAAGUCGCAAACGUGCAGCCAAUACAUCGCCUUUAACUCAAAACAAUAAGGACAAAAAAAAGAAUAUUUCAUCCAAAGUAGUAGCAAACCCUGUUUCUGGGUCUUCAAACUCUCCAAAGAAGCAGAGUUGUAUCCUAACUAGACAAAAUUCAGUAGUUAAUAAUUUAGUUCCUGAUAAUUCUGUACCUGAAACUACAAAUAAGUCUGCGAGUUUAAAACCAAAAAAGAAUUCUCAACUUAAUCGUCCCUUACCUUCUAAACCAAUUAAAUCAAAUUCUAAAGGUUCUUCAGAAGAUGAAUUUUCAACAGACACCGAAAAAAAUACUCAAAAACCUCAAUCAAUUCAUCGUCUACCUAAAUCUUCCAAAGAAAAUACUAAGAAAAAAGAUAUGAUUGUUGAUAAUAAUUUAUCUUCAUUAUCAACUAAACGUAAUCUUAGAGAAAAAAGUAAAACUUCAGAUGUUUCACUGCAGCCGCCAAAAACACAAAGUCGCAAACGUGCAGCUGAUACAUCACCUGUAUCUCAGUCUAAAACUAAAGGCAAAAAAUGUGAUAUUUCAUCCAAAGUUGCAAAUACAGUGUCUCGUGCUUCAAACUCUCCAAAUAUACGUACCCGAAAUAUGUCCAAAUCAUCUGUAAAACAAGCUUCUGAUAAUUCUUUUCCUGAAACUACAAUAGUUAGUAAAAAAGAAACAAAAAAGUCAAAUGAAAAAUCUCAAACCAAAAAACGUCAACUGAAUUCUGAUAAUUGUUCUUUUGACCCUGCUCCAUCUACCAGUAAAAAAAUUAGACGAGGAACUCUCAGAGGAGCUGAAAGUGAAAGUAAAAAGUCUGAUCCUACAGAGCCUAUUGCUGAUAGCAAAGUGAAAAACAACAAAAAUGCUGAACAGUCAAUUUCACCCAUACAAAGAAAAACAAGGAAUGCAGAAAAGUCAAUUUCACCCAUUCAAAGGAAAACAAGAAAUGCAGCAAAACAAGCCGUUCCAAAAGAUAAAAAGACAUUUGUUUCUCCUCGAGUACUACGAGUCAGAGACAAAAAAAAAAAUGAAAAAUGUCCAUGAAUAUUUUUAUGUAUAUUGUGUAUGUUAAUUUAAAUUUUUUGUUACUAAUUGACUUUUUUCUCUAGUAUAGUUUUUUUUUUAAUAUAUUCACUGUAAAAGAUACUAGAAUAAGAAAUAUCUUUGAAUAUUUUUUUUUUUAAUUAUUUCUUCUAAGAUAAUUAAGCGCUAAACUUAUUUAAGCAAUUAUUUUAAUUACCUGCAAUUUAUUGUAGCUAAACUCAUUGUGUCAAUCAUGGUUUAUUAUAUUUCUUUAAACUUUGUAUUAUUCCGUUGAUUCAUUAAACGGUUAUUUAUGUAAUUAAUUAUAAAUUUUGUGGAAAAAAAAA